AUGGCUACACCGAGCCUUUACCGUUCUCUUAUUCAACGGGAGAAACUGCAGGCCCCGGACGGACCACCCGGAGCAGCCCCGCACCCAGCGCCCGUCCUGGGGCCGCCAGCGCGGAAUAACCUGAGAGACAAGCAGGUAUCAGCGGGACCCGGGUCACGCCGCCGGUACCAGGUAGCUCCGGUGCGGUGUACCUGCGGCACCACCGCGCUCCCGGUGACCCCGCUCCUGGCCGGCUCUUCCGUGCCACUCCCGUCCAGCACAGCCCACUCGGCGCGGGUAACCGGAGCCGCGGAGCCCCGCCGGCCUGUGGGCUGCUCCAGUUACCUCGUACACAACCUGCGCCCGGGCCGUCCCGCUGGCGAGCGAGGCGGGGGCAGCCACGGGCGGCUCCACCGGGACCCCUUCGCCCGCCCCCGUCUCUACUUUCCCUCCUUCCCUCCCGCCCUGUUCCCGCCUCCGUCCCGCCUCCGUCCCGCCCCGUUCCCGGCCGCCCGUCCCGAGAGCCCCCGCGCUGCGGUCAUGGCGCUGUGCGGGCGGGGUUGGGCGCGCUGUGCCCGCGGGCUGCGACUCGGGGCCUUGCCCCGGCCCGGGCUCUGCGGGACCCGCGGCGUGCGGGGCUCCAACCCCUUCACCCGGCAGCAGGAGGAGGAGUGGCGGCGCCGGAACCGCUCGACCGUGGGCUACAUCGCGGCGGCGGCCGUGGGCAUGGUGGGGCUGUCGUACGCGGCCGUGCCGCUCUACCGCCUCUACUGCCAGGCCACGGGGCUCGGCGGGACGGCGGGCACGGGGGGCGACCCGGAGCGGAUCGAACGCAUGGAGCCCGUGCGGGACCGGCUCAUCAGGGUCACGUUCAACGCCGACACGCACGCCAGCAUGCAGUGGAACUUCAAACCGCAGCAGAGCGAGAUCUACGUGGUACCAGGAGAGACUGCGCUGGCAUUUUAUAAAGCAAAAAAUCCUACUGACAAACCAAUAAUUGGAAUUUCCACCUACAACGUUGUCCCCUUUGAAGCAGGACAGUAUUUCAAUAAAAUACAAUGUUUUUGUUUUGAAGAACAGAGGCUAAAUCCUCAGGAGGAAGUGGACAUGCCUGUCUUUUUCUACAUUGACCCAGAGUUUGCAGAGGACCCUAAAAUGGCUAAAGUUGAUUUGAUCACUCUCUCUUACACCUUCUUUGAAGCAAAGGAAGGACAGAAGUUGCCACUUCCUGGGUAUCAGUAACAAGCCUUCUCUACAAAAUCUGACUUUGCUACAUCUGAGUGCCAGUUUUGAUGCUGUUUUUCCUUGGAAGAAAAAAACUGCAGGAGUACUGUGCACUAUGAAAUUAUACUAUUAAACCUCCAUGGGCACAUGCUGUUAUGAAAGUAUAUGUAUAUAUUUUUUUUUUUUUGAAACCAACUUAAUAUAUCCCUAUUUCUUAGGGAUAGUAUUUCUUCAUCAGACAGCGAAGGGAACACACUGUUCCUGAAGUAGAGAGGGUUUUUCUCAGGCCAUCUUAUUGUAAGAUGUUAUCUGAAUACCACAAGGCAAAUUCUUAAACCAAUGUGUAAAUUAAGAUCUUCUUUUAAAUACAGAAGAAAAAAUCAGUUGAUAACUAUCUAAAAUUCCAAUGCUGGCUCUGGAAAAUAACUUGCAUGUUAAGUUACUUUUGAAGAAGGUAAAUGCAGAUAAUAAAUUGAGGUAAUCUCAUAACUAAACAAAGUUAGACUGCUAUUUCUGUGUGAGCCUCCCUGGCACAGGAGAAGAUGGUUCAGAAGGUGAUGCACUCUCUCAUGUUAUUACUGAAUCAGUAGUUCACUUGGUAAGGGCAGACUGCUCUAAAGCUGUUAUCACGAGAACAGUAAUUUAAAUGUAAGCACAUCAGAUCUCUGGGAUGGCUUCCAUCUGGAAACACCAUCUUAUUUCUGUGUUGUGUCCCAUUCAUUUGAAGUAUGUGUGGUGUUGUUGAGUGCACUUUGCCUCUGCAGAGGGCUGAACACUGGGCACCUCCACAAGAGACAAGCUUGGCUUGUGUCUGACAUGCUUUGAGGGUAGGGCAGGGUAUAACUGCUCUGAAUUGCAGCUGAAUGAACAGCAUAGGUGUCUCCUCAAAAACCAAGACCAGCCCAUUCAGAGGCUGAGUUGGCUUGAGCCUGUCCAGCAGUGCAGCAGCUCUCCAGGGGGACUCUUUUACCACCAGAACACAUCAGUGGUGUUUAUGUAACUUUUGGGAAUUAUCUGUGCAGUAGGUGUAACAACACUUCAUCACUGCCUUGCAAACCAGGAGCAAGUUAUAGAGCAAGUUCAAGUAGCCUGCUCAUUUUCAGACAGAAAUUAUUAUCAGCCAGUAUCUCUUCUGCUAGGCCAUGUCUUUCUACACCUUCCAGCAGAGAAGAUCUACUAAAAUAAGGGUGAUGUUGGUUAGCAUGGACUCUGAAAAGGCAAUGGUAACUUCCAGGAACUUAAGUCUCAAUCAUAUUUGCAUACAGUAACUCAAAAACUGCUUUUUUGAAAAUAAAUGGAUGCUAUCUUUAAAAUCUAUUAUUGUAACAAUUACUUGUGUUGAUUAAACAGAUUCUGGAUGACA